UAGCGAUAUUAUCCAUCCGAUCCCUCUCUCCCUCCACGGUUAAAACCCAAAAUUCUCGAAAAGAAAAAGAAAAAGAAAAGUCCACUGAUACUAUUACAGGACAUAGAUUCGUUGAGAAUCGAAGAUAUCCUUUGUAUCAACAAUAGAAAGAUGAUAGUAAGCAACCAUGUAUGUGGUCUUGGGCAAUCAAUUUCAAUGCCUCAGCUAAAACCCUUCUCUUAUAUCGAUUUCUCAGCCAAGAAAUCAUCCAAUUUCAGCUUUGUUUUGGGUUGGAAUUGGAGUUUUACUGCUCAAAACAGGCCUUUUCUGAGGCACCAAUCGAAGAACUCUUCUUGGCGUUGUUGCUGUAACACCACCAAUAACAGCAACAAUAAUAACCCCAGCAACAGUCAGACCGUCAGUUCUUCUUCUGAAUGGGAUUGGAAUCGAUGGAGUCGUCAUUUCUCUGAGAUUGAACAAGCUGAGAGUUAUACUUCUGUUCUCAAAUUCCAACUUGAGGAUGCAAUUGAUAAGGAAGACUUUGAAGAAGCUGCAAAGUUAAAGUUGGCUAUUGCAGAGGUUUCUUCAAAAGACAGUGUAGCUGAAAUCAUGUCUCAGUUGAAGAGUGCCAUAGAUGAAGAGCGGUACCAUGAUGCUUCACGGUUGUCUAGACUUACAGGAAGUGGACUGGUGGGUUGGUGGGUAGGCUACUCCAAGGACUCUGACGAUCCAUUUGGCAGAUUAGUACGCAUAACACCUGGCGUAGGUAGAUUUGUUGCUAGGAGUUACAGUCCAAGACAGUUGGUCAGUGCGUCACCUGGAAUUCCAUUAUUUGAGAUUUUUGUGGUUAAAGAAGAUGAAGAAACAUAUCUUAUGCAGGUAGUUUAUUUGCAGCGUGCUAAAGGAAGUUCUAUGAAUAGUACCAGCUCACCUUCCAGGCCUACAAAAACCCCAUCCACUUCCGAAGUUGAGAAUGCAUCUGUUAUAGAUGUUCAAGGAAAUGAAGCUAAAACAGAAAGAAGUGAUGAGAAGGGAAUAAAUAUUGAGGGAGCAACCGAGGAAGGGAUAAAAAGUGUGAUAAAUUUUCUUAAAAAUAAAAUUCCUGGAUUAAAAGUCAAAGUCAUGAAUGUUGAUGUUUCUGAGGACAUAAUGGUUAAUGAUUCUGUGGAGCAACUGAUACAGGAAGAUGAUGAAGAAACAUCAUCCACCGAGAAUUCUGAAGAUGAAGCUAAUGAUUUGGAAGAGAUUCAGCCUGAUGGAGUUGCUAUGGGGGAGGGUGGCAAUCCUGCAGAUGACAGAAAUGAUUUGGAUAUGAAGCUUUUCAUUGGUGGGCUUGUUCAUAAAAAUGAAGACGCUUCUACUAAGGAUGAGUAUAUUCGUCUUCCAGCUGAUAUAAAGGACUUGGAGAGAGAUUCUUUUCUGCUACAUGUUCCCAAGAGGAAUUUAGAUAGUGAUACCGGAGAAAGUAAAGCAUCCAAGGUGAAAAUAGCAGCCAUUGCAGCUCAAGGUGUUUCUGAGCUUAUGCCUCCAGAUGUUGCCAAGGCAUUUUGGAGUUCAGAUAAGGCUUCUUCUAAGGUUUCUAGAGAUGUGCGCGAAAUUGUCAAACUUGCUGUUAGUCAGGCACAGAAGCGGAGCAGGUUAUCUGAGUAUACAAAAUUCAACCGAAUUAGCAGUGACAAUGGCAAUUUAGACCCAUUUGAGGGCCUCUAUGUUGGUGCAUUUGGUCCUUAUGGAACUGAAAUAGUUCAGCUAAGGCGUAAAUAUGGUCGCUGGAGUGAUGCAGAUGAUGAAUCUUCAGAUGUUGAGUUCUUUGAAUAUGUUGAAGCUGUGAAGCUAACCGGAGAUCUCAAUGUUCCGGCUGGCCAGGUUACUUUUCGUGCCAAAAUUGGAAGGGAAAGCCGGCUCUCAAACCGUGGGUUGUAUCCAGAUGAGUUAGGAGUGGUUGCAUGUUACAAAGGUCAGGGAAGAAUAGCAGAAUUUGGUUUCCGUAACCCGCGAUGGGUCGAUGGUGAACUUCUCCAACUUAAUGGCAAGGGCAUUGGACCCUAUGUCAAAGGAGCUGAUCUAGGUUUCCUUUACAUUGUGCCCGAGCAAAGUUUCCUUGUGCUAUUCAACCGUUUAAUAUUACCAGAUUGAAAUUAGUCUAUUACUGAUUUUGAUCUCCCUUUGACACAACUAGAGAUAAAGAAAGAACCUGACGAUGAGGACCUAUUUUGUGUACGAUAUUCGAUGACAAUGUGAGUCUUAUAUUAAGCCUUGUGUUUUAUGCCUGUUCCUUUCUAACCAUCGCCCCACACUUUUGAUGUUGUAUAUCAAUUUUGUUGAUUGAUCAAAUAAAACUAAUAAGGUAAUAUGUUAUCUUCUUCCUAGGUCA